CUUGUGAGUGCGCUGAGCAGCGAACAUCACCACAUCCGUCAAAAUGGUGGCCGGAAAGACAUCUCGUGAGGCUCUGGCCAGGGCUGCGCAGACAACGACGCCGAAGCUCCCUCCCUUACCGAAACUCCGCGUUCGCAAGCCCAACAAAGGCGAAGCAAACCCAUGUCUGGGCAUCAUGAGCAGCAUGCUAGGAUGCUGGGCGUCAUCGGGUUAUAGUGCAGCAGGUUGUGCUGCUCUGGAACAACAACUACGAGGAUGCAUGGAUGCUCGAAAGGCGACGCAGCAAUCCAAAAGCUCAAUCAACCACCACUUGUCGAGAUUCUACCCACAAAUUAUUGGCCCACACAAGAGAAAAUAAAGUAUUCUGGUGGCGGUGGACACUAGAGCAUCGCCGACAGGCGAAAUGUACAGAAGACGAAUGAUACCAUUAGCGGCACGGGCGGCGUUCUGAGGCAAUUGAUUAGGAGAACAGAUGAUACGAAUCAUCAUGUAAAAGUACAUGCUGUGCGACUCUCGGGCAAGGAAGGAAAGUUGCAAGCUGCGAUGUAUGGAGAUGCUCGUACGGACGCGCAUCGAUGCCAAUUGGUAUACUGGACAAUGUGCCAUCUUGGUGCUUGGAGGGCGUCUACACGGCUACUUGUCACACAGGGAGUCGCAGCUUUCCGCAGUCGCUGACAUGAGACAAACGGCCCGGGACUGCUGCGAACGGCACUGGAAAGUGGCCAUCAGACGGGACAGGCUUGUAAUGUAACUCUUCCGCAGGACUCACUCCUCCACAUGCAAGCAGCAGAACCGUCCAUCUUUUCUGUCCCCUCCGAAGAGUGUCGCCUCAUGUGGCCUGAAGAUCUCACAUAGAGCACGGUCUAGACAUUUCUGCGUCUUUCGAAGUCCAUCUCAUGCUCCAACACUCCUGCGUCUAACCAUGCUGCAUUUCCCGGAGGUGUAGCUUGUGGAAGCGGAUUUAGGCGCAUGACCAAGCAGCUUCGCAGGAGUAUGAUACCUCCUAUUACGCAACAGUUUAAACUGCACUCGGGAGGAUGGCACAUACUUUCAUGAACUUUCGCUGUACUCACGGA